AUGACUGUGGGGGAAUACACAGCUAAGUUCCAAGAGCUAAUGAAGUACUGGCCUCACUAUCAGCAUGGUGAUGGAGAGGAGGAUCUGUGUGCUCAGUUUGAGCAUGGAUUGAGGCCAGACAUUCGGGCUGCAGUCAGUGUGUUUCAACUGACAGACUUGCCCACUCUACUGAGCAAGAGCAGAAUCUUUGAAGCUAACUCAAGAGGGAAGACGGUGGACACUAGGGGAGCUGGUCUGGCCGCUAAGAGAAGCGGUAGUGCAAGUGCAUCCCACAGGCCGGAAUCAAGAGGAAGUUCAGGGCCAAGUACGGGACAGAAGCCGAGCAUCCUCGGGAGAGUCUUUGCUAUGAGUGGGGCAGAGGCUUCACAUUUAGAGGAGCUGAUCCGAGGUAAAUGCAUUAUUAAAGGCAGAUUACUUGAUGUGUUGUUUGACUCGGGUGCUACGCAUUCUUUUAUAUUUGUGGACUGUGUGAAGAGUCUGGGCUUGUACGUGACUGAAUUGUCGUGCAAUGUUGUGGUGACUACCCCUACGGAUAAGCUGGUUGUGACGUCAUGGGUGUGUUUGGGGUGUGCAGUGAUGGUGCACGGUAGGAAGUUCGAGGUGAACUUGAUUUGUUUACCUCUUUCUCAACUGGAUGUAAUUCUGGGAAUGGAUUGGCUUGCCGCCAACCAUGUGCUACUGGACUGUAGGGAGAAGACCUUGAUCUUCGGUGCAACAAUAGCUGAGGUUCCAAGGCUUAUGAGCUAA